AUGAAUACAUUAUCAGUACGUGACCUUUGCUGUUUGUUUUGUUGUCCACCAUUGCCAUCGCGUAUAGCUGCAAAACUCGCUUUUCUACCGCCUGAACCAACUUAUUCGUUAUUACUUAAUAGCAACCCUUCAUCGGCUACUAAUGGUAUAAAUGAUCAAACAAAUCAAUCAUCAGCAAAAAAUGAACAAUCUGAAGCAAAUUCACCUCUUCGAUACACAAUAUUCUUUUCAGAGAAAGCCGAAUGGCAACAUACAACAAAUGAAAUAUCUAAAUUAGAGCCCUAUUUUGUAACCACAUCUCGUCAUAAUCGUAUUGCUUGUAUCUAUGUUAAAUGCGUAACAAAUCCAAAAUAUUAUAUUUUAUUCAGUCAUGGCAAUGCUGUUGAUCUUGGUCAAAUGGCUAGCUUUUUUGUUGUACUGGGUUCACGUUUACAAUGUAAUAUAUUUAGUUAUGAUUAUUCCGGUUAUGGUGCAUCACAUGGAAAAGCCAAUGAAAAAAAUAUGUAUGCUGAUAUUGAAGCAACAUAUCAUUCCAUUAAGCAACGAUAUCAUAUACCCGAAUCAAAAAUUAUUCUCUAUGGACAAAGCAUUGGUACUGUCCCUACAAUUGAUUUAGCUUCACGUUUUAAUGAUUGUUGUGUAGCAUGUGUAUUACAUAGCCCAUUGACAUCAGGCAUGCGUGUAGCAUUUCCUGAAACAAAACGAACAUGGUGCUGUGAUGCAUUUCCUUCAAUAGAUAAAAUUCAUCGUAUACGUUCGAUUGUUUUAAUUAUACACGGGACUGAAGAUGAUGUUAUUGAUGUAAGUCAUGGCUUUGCACUUUAUAAUCGAAUACAUAUGCAACAUCAAACGGAACCAUUGUGGGUCGAUGGUGCUGGUCAUAAUGAUAUUGAAGCACAUGGUCAAUAUGUUGAAAGAUUAUUAAGAUUAAUUGACGUUGACAUUCCACAAAUUUGUUUAAAAAAACAAGAACAACAACAAGAGCAACAACAGCACCAACAACAGCACCAAGAACAACAACAACAACAGCAACAACAACAGCAAACAACGGCAUCUGCUCCACCUACGCUUGCAUCCACACUUAUUAUACCAGCAUCAACAACCAAUGGAACAAAUUAG